UAUGAAUUCCAAAAAUCAAUCAAAACACGCAGAAAUGUAAAAGUCACGUAACCCGCUAAUACCGUCUCUCUCCCCGUGUCCAAUAAUCUCCUCGUCCAUUGAACGCUAUCUAAUCAAGGAACUAACGCUAUCCAAUAAUAAUAAUAAUAAUAAUAAUAAUUAGAUAUUGAAAGUUUCUUUUUCUUUUUUGUAAUUAAACAUGCAAAAAGGUUGCGAAAGGUACGAAGAAUGGAAAGCGGAACGAGCGCUGAAGACGAAAAUUCAGGAAAAAAAGAAAGAAAGGAAGAAACGCAAGAUAUCAAAAAAGACCGAUGAGGAGGACAUGGAAGAUGUGGACGAAUUUGGUAAAACAAUUCGAAAGUGUAGAAAAAAGGAGGUAAAGAAGGAGAAGAAGAAGAAGCCGAGACAAAGAGUUAGGAAAAUUUACAAACACAUACCGGAAUCAGAAUUGAUCUUAGGAUGUAUAAAACCAUCCAUAGAAGUGAGGGAAUACUUCCUCAAUCCACGUCAUAUUUCAUGCAUGGGUCUUACAGUACCGCCAACGGAAGCACCGCCGAUAACUCGCGUGGCUGAUCGACGAAAAAAACCGAGGUACAUAACUACUUUCAAAAAAUGGAGUUGUUUCAAAAAAAUAUCGGAAGAAUCGGAUUUAGACAGUCCAAGAGAAUCUAUUUGUUCCUUCCACAGUGAAAUAUGCCUUGCAAAUGUGAAGCUGACACCGAAAGAUCACAAAGAGAUCAAGAAAUCUCAAGAGAAACGAUACGAAGAAGUCGAAUGAAGAAGAAAAAUAAUUCUUUUUUCCCUCCCCUCUAUCCAAUUGUAGAAACGGAAUCCGUAUAAUAGAAUAAUAGAAUAAAGUAUUCGCUUCGUUGGGAUAAA